GGCCUCUUUGGCCCCCAGGGAGCCCCUUGCUGCUGCCUGGGCCUGAACCUUAACUCCUUCCCCUCUGCCCAGUGGGCACUGCCCUGGGCACAUCCGGUGCCAUCCUCUGGGUAGUUCAGCACCCACUGAGGAAGUCAGGACCUGGCAUCUUGGGAGCAGUGAAGUCUCUGGAACAGGAAGUUAGCUUUAGCACUCCACCCCUGGGGCAGCCAGGCCAGCCAGAAGGGACACCCUCAGGACAAUCUUCCCACUGCCUUCUGCCAAGGAGGACCUUUGCAAACCUUGGCCGGCCAGGAGCAGGUACCUUUAAAUGCUUCCCUGGCAACCAGCUCCUCCUCCCCGGUCCCCCGAGGCCCUCCAGAGGAAGCCAGCUCAGAGGCUCUGCGUAUUCCUGGUUUCCCUGCAGAGGGAAGAUUCCAGGGAGAGCCUAGGGCAGCCUGGGAUGGAUACGGGGUCAGGCAGUGGCCAGGGCAGUGACUCGGAGACGACCUUCCAGCUGUGGCUACAGCUGCUCCUCUGGGCCCACCUGACUGUCCGUUUCCUGGGCUACCUGCACCACGCCUUCUGGGCACCUAAGGCGCGGCCAGCACCCUGAGCCCCCCUGGCCAGGGGCAGAUGGGUCCCAGCUCACUCUAUCCCUCUCCACCCUUCCCAUUGCACCCUCUGCUGGAAGAGGUAGGAAGCAGAGUGAAAGAGUUCUUAGCCAAAGCCAAAGAAGAUUUUCUUAAAAAAUGGGAAAAUCCUGCUCAGAAUACAGCCCAUUUGGAUCAGUUUGAACGAAUCAAGACCCUCGGCACGGGCUCCUUUGGGCGGGUGAUGCUGGUAAAGCACAAGGAGACCGGGAACCACUUUGCCAUGAAGAUCCUCGACAAACAGAAGGUGGUGAAGCUGAAACAGAUUGAGCACACCCUGAACGAAAAGCGCAUCCUGCAAGCGGUCAACUUUCCGUUCCUCGUCAAACUCGAGUUCUCCUUCAAGGACAACUCGAACUUAUACAUGGUCAUGGAGUACGUGCCUGGCGGGGAGAUGUUCUCACACCUGCGGCGGAUUGGAAGGUUCAGUGAACCUCACGCGCGCUUUUAUGCGGCCCAGAUCGUCCUGACCUUCGAGUACCUGCACUCACUUGACCUCAUCUACCGGGACCUGAAGCCGGAGAACCUCCUCAUUGACCAGCAGGGCUACAUUCAGGUGACAGACUUCGGUUUUGCCAAGCGUGUAAAAGGCCGCACCUGGACCUUAUGCGGGACCCCUGAGUACCUGGCCCCGGAGAUCAUCCUGAGCAAAGGCUACAACAAGGCCGUGGACUGGUGGGCCCUAGGGGUUCUCAUCUACGAGAUGGCCGCUGGCUACCCGCCUUUCUUCGCUGACCAGCCCAUCCAGAUCUAUGAGAAGAUUGUCUCUGGGAAGGUGCGGUUCCCAUCCCACUUCAGCUCCGACCUGAAGGAUCUGCUGCGGAACCUACUGCAGGUGGACCUCACCAAACGCUUUGGGAACCUCAAGAACGGAGUCAACGAUAUCAAGAACCACAAAUGGUUUGCCACAACUGACUGGAUCGCCAUCUACCAGAGGAAGGUGGAAGCUCCCUUCAUACCAAAGUUUAAAGGCCCUGGGGACACGAGUAAUUUCGACGACUAUGAGGAGGAAGAGAUCCGAGUCUCCAUCAAUGAGAAGUGUGGCAAGGAGUUUACUGAGUUUUAGGGGUGUGCCUAUGCCCCCAUGGGUUUUCUUUCUUUCUUUCUUCUUUGUUUUUUUUUUUGGUUUUUUUUUUUUUUUUUUUUUUUUUUUUUGGUGGGGGGUGGGUGGGAGGGUUGGAUUGAACAGCCAGAGGGCCCCAGAGUUCCUUGCAUCUAAUUUCACCCCCACCCCACCCUCCAGGGUAGGGGGGAGCAGGAAGCCCAGAUACAUGGAGGGAUGGAAACACCAGCUGCUCCCCCUCAUUCCCUCACCCUCCUGCUCCUACCCCCAGACCCAACUGCUUUUGCCUUCCUCCUCCCCUAAAGCCCCCCCCCCCCCCCGCCACCCCCAACCAGCCUACUUCUGCCUGUUUUAAAUGAGUUUCUGAGUUCCAGUCAGACCACGUCUUGCUGGUGUAUUCAGGGACAGGGUGUGCAAAGAGAGGCCCAAACUUAACUCCAUCCCCAUUCCCCCAAACCACAGGCAUCACCAACUAAUGAAGGAAAGGCCAGCCUUCUCUUCAGAGCAAUGGUGACUGGAGAGGAGAGAUUUUAGUGACCUGUUCAGUGGGCUGCUUGCUAGAAUUAAAAAAAAAAAAAAAGUUUGUAUACUCUUAUUUAAGUUCCACCAGUGCCUCCCUCCCUCCUUCCUCUACCCUUACCCCUUCCAUGCCCCCCACUUCCCAAAUCCAUUUUAACUAGGCUGAGAAGCAGACUGAAUUUGUAAAGGAAGGAGCUGGGGUUCAAACCUCUGCCCCAAGCUGCUAAUCUCCUCUGCUCCUCUGCCCACUCCCCCCACCUUGGGGGGGGGGGUGUCCCCUGCCAAGCCUGGAAGGGUCUCAGCCCCUUUAGGAAGCCCCUAUCCCCUUCUGCCCCAGCAGACCUUUCUUCACCCUUGGGCUUCGGGACCGAGACAAAGCAGCUGCCCCUCUCCCUGCCAAAGAGGAGUUGCCCCCCAAAAAGAUAGAAGGGGAGCCCCAACACCAGGGUCUUUCCUCCCACCAGCACUCGCCCCAAACUCCUGAAUUUUAUUCUCAGCUAGAUUUUAAUGCCCAGCCUCCUCUCAGCUCAGUUUGGAAGGCAACCCCAGCAAAAGAAGGCAAAGCCCUCCUCCCUCUUGUGGCCCCGGGUUCAAGGCCAGGGUUGCUGGGGAGGGGCUGCCGGUUUUAUUCACCUAGCAGCCUCCGCCCCCCCUCCCCCAAACCUGGGCGCUCCUCCUCUGCUUAGCUGUCAGCUGUCCAUCACUCCUCCCCCCCAUUUGUGCUUUUUUCUCUCUCAACAGAAAAGUGGGGAGCCCCUGGGGAACCACCCCA